AUGGUGGCGAAGAAGCAGGCCCCGUUUGACGAGUUGUCGUUGGUGGAGGCCCGCGGCGGCAGCGCCGACGACGACGGGCGGCCGCGGCGGACGGGCACGGUGUGGACGGCGAGCGCGCACAUCAUCACGGCGGUCAUCGGCUCCGGUGUCCUGUCGCUGGCGUGGGCCAUCGCGCAGCUGGGCUGGGCGGCCGGCCCCGCCGUCAUGCUGCUCUUCGCCGUCGUCAUCUACUACACCUCCACGCUGCUCGCCGAGUGCUACCGCUCCGGCGACCCCGUGGCCGGCAAGCGCAACUACACCUACAUGGACGCCGUCCGCGCCAGCCUCGGCGGCGCCAAGGUCACGCUCUGCGGCGCCAUCCAGUACGCCAACCUCUUCGGCGUCGCCAUCGGUUACACCAUCGCCGCAUCCAUCAGCAUGCUGGCGAUCAAGAGGGCGGACUGCUUCCACGCCAAGGGCCACCGGCACGCGUGCCGGAGCUCCAGCAACCCGUACAUGAUCCUCUUCGGCGUCGCCGAGGUCGUCUUCUCGCAGAUACCGGACUUCGACCAGAUAUGGUGGCUCUCCAUCGUCGCCGCCGUCAUGUCCUUCACGUACUCCACCAUCGGCCUCGUCCUCGGCGUCAUGCAGACCGUCGCCAACGGCGGGUUCCAGGGCAGCCUCACCGGGAUCAGCAUCGGCGCCGACGUCACGCCCACGCAGAAGGUCUGGCGCAGCCUGCAGGCCUUCGGCAACAUCGCCUUCGCAUACUCCUACUCCAUCAUCCUCAUCGAGAUCCAGGCAAGCCCAAGACCCUACCUGCUCUGUUCUGAUCAGCUGCAACAGACACGAUCAAGGGCGCCGCCGCCGUCGGAGGCGAAGGUGAUGAAGAGGGCGACGAUGGUGAGCGUGGCGACGACGACGGUGUUCUACAUGCUGUGCGGGUGCAUGGGCUACGCCGCCUUCGGCGACGCGGCGCCGGACAACCUACUCACGGGGUUCGGCUUCUACGAGCCCUUCUGGCUCCUCGACAUCGCCAACGUCGCCAUCGUCGUGCACCUCGUCGGGGCCUACCAGGUCUUCUGCCAGCCGCUCUUCGCCUUCGUCGAGAAGUGGGCGGCGGCCACGUGGCCCGACAGCGCCUUCAUCACCCGGGAGCUCGGCGCCGUCGGCCCCUUCAAGCUCAGCGUGUUCCGCCUCACCUGGCGCACGGCGUUCGUCGUCCUCACCACCGUCGUCGCCAUGCUGCUCCCCUUCUUCGGCGACGUCGUCGGCCUCCUCGGCGCCGUCUCCUUCUGGCCGCUCACCGUCUACUUCCCCAUCGAGAUGUACGUCGCGCAGCGCGGCGUGCGCAGAGGGAGCACGCACUGGAUCUGCCUCCAGAUGCUCAGCGCCGCCUGUCUCGUCGUGUCCGUCGCCGCCGCCGCGGGCUCCAUCGCCGACGUCAUCGGCGCGCUCAAGGUGUACCGCCCGUUCAGCGGCUAG